CCAUAAUGCAGGACGCCAUGCCAGGAAAGAUCUACAAAACACAGUUCAAGGAUGCCCAAAAAGCGUUUGAAGAAGAUAAAUUCGAGUUGGCGAUUGCUAAGGCGAAGUACAAUCUCACGGACUAUACUCUUCCUCCUUAUUAUUACAUGGAGAACUGCAUGCUCAUCGUCGCAGCCCUCGACGAUUGGGAUGAUGCCAACGACUGGCUGGGCGCUGCUGAAUACAGCUACCUUACUACGCUCGAUGAAGCAACGCGAAAGAAUGACACGGACUCCCUUAAACUACUUGUGUAUCUACGAUCAAAGUUGGACCAGUUCAAGGAUUUCAGAAUGCAAGACCUCAUGGGAAUGACUAUAGCAGAGUCUUACGGUUACCAGGAAGAUGACAUGGAGGCGGCUGAGGAGGCUUUGGCGGAACUCGAGCUUGGGGAGACUUCCGAAAUGGACUUGGAAGAUACUGUCGCGCUCGCCAGGGCGGAGGAGGAAAUCGGAACCGUCGACCAUUACUCUUUGCAUGAGAACACCGCUGCAGACACCACCCAAUUCCCUACUCUCAACAUCGUUCCACCUGCUGAGGGCGACCAGACUCCAACGAUUGCGAACGCAGCGGGAACCACCAGGACAUAUCGCAACAAGAGCUCCAAGCGCAGCAAAGGCGGUGCUUUCCAUGCUCAGCAGUUCUCAAAGUCAAGACCUGCAGCUGAACCUCGGGCAAGCAUCUUGAGCUUUGACUGGACGCCUAACGCUAGCGAGCACAAGUGAACGACUAUGAUAUUGGUCGCCUGUGAGGGGUUGGUAUUCGGAGAAACAUCAUUGGAUACACGUUGCUCUCGCACACUGGAUUUUGGUACACUUUGAUAACUCCAUACAACUCAGGUGUAUACCUGUAUGAUUUGAG